GCCCUCUUUCCCUAAAGCUGGGAAAAGGAAUUACUCACCAUGUAAGUUCAUUUCAUCCCGAUAAGUUCACAUGACCAUUCCUUUCAUUCCGGUUCACAAUGUAAUACUUUCGCCCUUUACUGUCUAUCUUGUCCUUGCAUCAUUUGCUUUUUCUCAAAUGGAAGACAACCACCAAUCUCGUAAGCGCAGACACGCUCAUGGGCACGAAAGUGAACAUUUAGAGCCGAGAAAACACCACAAGCAUCACAAUCACCAUAGCACAAGUCCAAGAUAUGAUCGAAUCCUUUCUCCAAAAACAUCCGUGGAAAAAAGACCGCCACUCGUAAUCAGAGAUCGGAAUGAACUAUCUGCGGGCAGAGAUUAUGUUCGCAACUGGCUUGCACAUACUCAAAAUGAGGACAUCAUCGAACCGCCAAAACAAUUUAAUGCUGAAUUAGACUCCAGUCGCCCACAGAAGAAAUCAAGGUGUUUGGGUCAUGACCAUACAGCACAUGGACCUGUCGAGAUUAGAAACAUAACAGAUCCGAGGCCGAAGCCUUAUCAAGAGCACGCAUCAUCUGAUAGUUCUUUACUCGAAGCUUCAAAGAUGCCAGUGGUAGAUGAACGAACCAGAAUCCCUCAAAAAACAAACGUCGCCAUCCGUGGCCAUGUCAAGGAACGAACUCGAUCUCACAAAAACCAAAUGAAUGUGCUAUCAACUGUAACUUCCACUUCGUCUGGAUCUUCUGCGGUGCAGCCAAAACAAGGAGCAUUUGAGAAAAGAGCGCGCCAUAAGACAAGGGAAGACCGGUAUGACACAAAGAGGAAAGCCGAUAAAUCAGAAGCUGUCGAUAAGCGAAUUAGAACAAGGCGAGAAAAAAGAGGCGACCGAAAGAAGGCCGCAAGAAAGGCUAGUGAGGAUCUGAUGAACAAUUUCGCAUCAAACAAGAUAGGCCAAGAUCGUUUAACAGUACGCCCUUCAAAUGGCCCGGGCAUCUUUCAAAAUGGCAGAGCUUCUUCUCCACCGAGACGACGAGGAUUACCCGACCUCGCUUUCUCGGAAAUGGAAUUCCUUCAACGCUCUGGGAAGAAGUCGCAUGUCAACGAUUCUAUUGUGGUUCCUAAAAGUCAGGCCAAGGAAAAGAGGAAGGCUGCGCGAGCGCAAGAUGAGAUAGCAGAAUUCUUUAAACCAUCCAAGACGCCAGUAAGGGAUAAUAGUUCCACUAUGGACCAUCUCACUUCUCCAACUUCAAUAGCUAAAGUCUCUCUAUAUGAGAGACAACUGAGAAAAGACCGGGAGAAUGAUCGACAUUGGUACUACACGGAGGAUUUGACGGCUCGUAUUGGCAAGAAGAGAAGUCAUUUAAUGGAGCCUGCCAGUAAGCAGGUGCAAUUCAAUGAAUUGCAAUUCCCGGAGAAACUCACUCCCAAACUUCACUCCGAGGAGAUCAGCAAUCGCAAGGUGCAUUACGAAACUGUAGAUAGCGUUGUGACGUGGUCAGAGUCCCAGAAUUCUCCUGGUGCUACUAUGGCCUCACGUCGAGCAAAAGAACAAUAUUGUCAGAGGCAGAUAAGUGCAACGCCGGACUCGAUACGGAAUUCUAUCGAAAGAACGGGUAUAUUUAAGGAUACAGGUAUUGAGAGUUCAAGUCGACGAAAGUCGAAUAUACAACAGCCUGUGAAUGAAGAACUGCAAGGGGCAGGAGGAAAAGAUGUCAUAUCCACCAUAGAUAGUCCAGUUGAGACGAGCAGAGAGUUUUCUAACCUGGGCAAAGAUUCUAUUAUCAAUUCCCAUGAGAUUGGCCGACCCCCAAGUUUUCAGCAACCGGAUUGUUUGCCUCAACUUCCGUCGCACAUGCAAAAGAAAACAGAACAACCCUUGUCGAAAGGGAAAAUUCCCAUCGCAGUGGAUGUUCGCGACGAUGGACUCCGCAGAAUUGUUGUUGAGUAUUAUGAUUCAAAUCGUGGCUGGUACCGGGGGGAAGAAUCUGAAUCACCUUUCAGAUCACCAGAACAUCCAUCUAAGCCAACGACUGCACUUAUAACAAGACCACUUACCCGCCAACAAAUAGCACGUAAUGCGAGAAUUAAACGUCCAUCAACCACCCUUCCAGUGAUCCGGGAAACUAGCGACGAAAGCCGAGAAAAUCCCAUUUCGUCAAUGUCUAGUAUUUCAGGAAAAGGGAUACAGCGAACAGAAUCUGCUUCUGUGCGGUCAUCAAGCGGGAAGGGAGACAUGCAGAGACAUACAUCUUCUACCAAUGCCAGUGAGCAAUUAGAUGAUGACAUACUUGAGCCACGGGUGUCUGAGCAGAUGUUUCCGCAGACGAAUUCCCAAUUCCAGCAACAAAGCAUCAAAAACAUGAGCAGAAAUUCGGUUUCCCAGACUACAAUUUUAGAUGGAGAGAGAAAGCAGCCCCCCGAGGUAAGAACGGCCAACAUGAAUGGUAGAACAUUUACACCUUUAAGGGCAACCUCACACAAAAGCCCAAGCAGGAAUUAUUUGCAAUUCUCAACUCAGCCUCCGCCCUGGAUAGAACAUGGAAGUUAUCAUGAACUGUCAAGGCAACAUUUUCCAUCUAUCCCCCGUUCACCACUUAUUCGAGUUCCAUCGCUCUAUGCUCGACAAAUGGAACCGAAGCAAGAGGAAGGUCAAAUUACGAAUGGUGCAUUCAAUGAAAAGCGUGAAGAAUAUGGAUCCUACAAAUUGCAAGAACCUUGUUUCGGCGUGGAAGCGUAUGAAGAGAAUCGGGACAAUUUAGAAACAGAAUUGAAAACGUCUUACGGUGUGGACGGCGUCCUUGAUAGUCGCCGAUACAUGGAUGAUCUUGGUGAGCUUGGACCUCAAGAAGCAAACGUGUAUCGCAAUUCAAUAUCAGGAUACGAAAUGGCCGGACUUCGCUACGAUAAUCCGAAUCGCCAUUUCCGAGCCAAUGAAUAUCACAUUCAAGAUGUUCGAGGGGAAGAAUACAGCCCUUGGGAUAGUGACAAUCAUUUUCUUCAGGAGCCUUGGAUUGAGAAUCGGCAAGAUUUACAACAACCCUAUGAAAUUGAGUAUCAUAACGAUCAAUUGGUCCGACCUUCGUUUCCUUCAUACCGGGAACUAAAUGAAGGCCGGGACGAGAAUGCUUCGGAGACUAUCUUGAUGCAGAGAUUUUGGCGGCCAAAUCCUCAAUACUGAGAAGAUGGAGACCAAUUGUGUUGUAAUUUGUAAAGGCUAGACGGAGCGAUAUCAGAAUUUGGAGCAUCUUGGAGACGUUCUAUCUCUAUGCCUUGAUUUAUUCACCGAGACGUUAUAUUAUCAGCACAUCCACAGAUUCAGGGGAAGAAUCGAAAAGAUUAGGACUGAAUGGUAUGGUACUGCAUGUCCAACAUAAAAUUUGACAGAAACUUGCUCACAGUCCUCAUUGUCUCCAAUUUUAGCUCGAAUUUGAGUUAUUUAUUUGAAAAUUUCAAUUCCUAUGACCCUUUGAUGAUCCAAAAGGCCUGUCAGGACCAACGCCCCUAUGAUCGGAAAAAACCGCUGCGACAAGAUCCUAAAAUAUCCGUGUGUACUGACAUCAUGUGAUCACAUGACCCACAAGGCUGAGGUUGGCGGGGCGCAUGUCAAAUGGUUCAAAUCCCAUUCA